CGCGAUGAAGCUGAGCCGGCAGCUGACGGUGUUCGGCAGCGCGAUCUUCUGCGUGGUGGUCUUCUCGCUCUACCUCAUGCUGGACCGCGGCCACCUGGACCGGCCCGACAGCCCGCGCCGCGAGGGCGCCUUCCCGCAGGUCCAGCUCUCAAUGUUGCAACAAAAAAUAGACCAUUUAGAGCGUUUGCUAGCUGAGAAUAAUGAGAUCAUCUCAAACAUUAGAGACUCAGUGAUCAAUUUGAGUGAGUCUGUGGAAGACAAUCCGAAAAGUUUGCAGGGCAACUUCAGUCAAGGGGCUGGUGCCCUACCUCUGCCAUCAAAGGAGAUGGGCCUCAUAGUGGACCCUGCAGAGUGCCUGUUUGCUACACAGAGCAAAAGUCAGAACCAAGAAGUGCAGAUGAUGAAUGUUUACAAUAUAAUUCCUUUUGACAAUCCAGAUGGCGGAGUUUGGAAGCAAGGAUUUGACAUUAGCUAUGAUGAAAAUGAAUGGAAGGACUCUCCCCUUCAAGUCUUUGUGGUGCCUCAUUCUCAUAAUGACCCAGGUUGGUUGAAGACUUUCAACGAGUACUUUAAUGAGAAGACUCAGUAUAUUUUUAAUAACAUGGUGGUCAAGCUUCAAGAAGACUCACGGAGGAAAUUUAUUUGGGCUGAGAUCUCUUACCUUUCAAAGUGGUGGAGUGUUAUAGAUGCAAGCAAGAAGGAUGCUGUGAAAAGUUUACUAGCAAAUGGACAGUUUGAAGUUGUGACUGGUGGCUGGGUUAUGACUGAUGAAGCCACUUCGCAUUAUUUUGCCAUAAUUGAUCAACUAAUUGAAGGACAUCAGUGGCUGGAAAAAAAUCUAGGAGUGAAACCUCGGUCCGGUUGGGCUAUUGAUCCUUUUGGACAUUCACCGACAAUGGCUUAUGUUCUGAAACGUGCUGGAUUUUCUCACAUGUUGAUUCAGAGAGUGCAUUAUGCAGUUAAAAAGUAUUUUUCUUUGCACAAAACACUGGAAUUUUUUUGGAGACAGAAUUGGGAUCUGGGAUCUGACACAGACAUAUUUUGCCACAUGAUGCCCUUCUACAGCUAUGACAUUCCUCACACUUGCGGACCUGAUCCUAAAAUAUGCUGCCAGUUUGAUUUUAAACGGUUACCUGGAGGCAGGUUUGGUUGUCCCUGGGGAAUACCCCCUGAAACAAUAACUCAUCAAAAUGUCCAAAGCAGAGCUAAGCUCCUUCUAGACCAGUACCGAAAGAAGUCUAAACUUUUCCGCACUAACAUUGUUCUGGCGCCACUGGGAGAUGAUUUCCGCUACUGUGAACGCAGAGAAUGGGAUUAUCAGUUCAAGAAUUAUCAACUUCUUUUUGAUUACAUGAAUUCUCAACCUGGGCUUAAUGUUAAGAUCCAGUUUGGGACUUUGUCUGAUUAUUUUGAUGCUGUUAGUAAAGAAGAAAAAAAAAGUGCAAAGAACAACCAUGACCUGUUCCCUGUGGCAAGUGGAGAUUUUUUCACUUAUGCUGACCGAGAUGAUCAUUAUUGGAGUGGCUACUUCACAUCAAGACCCUUUUACAAAAGAUUAGAUAGGAUAUUGGAGUCUCAUUUAAGGGCUGCUGAAAUACUUUACUAUUUUGCCCUGAAACAAGCUGAGAAAUACGAGAUCAGUCAGUUUCUUUCAUCAGUCCUUUACACAUCACUGACAGAAGCCAGAAGAAAUUUGGGACUGUUUCAACAUCAUGAUGCUAUAACAGGAACUGCAAAGGAUUGGGUGGUUGUAGAUUAUGGAACCAGGCUCUCUCAUUCAUUACUGAAUUUGAAUAAAGUAAUUGGACAUUCUGCUCUACUUCUUAUUUUGAAGGAUAAACGUUCAUAUGAUUUAUUCUCUUUUGAUACCCUCCUAGAAAUGGAUUUCAAACAAGAGAAUCAAGAUUUUCAGCCACAGCAAAAAAUUAUAUCUCUAAAUGGCGAACCACGGCAUCUUGUGGUCUUUAAUCCUUCAGAACAAGAACGAAAUUCGGUGGUGUCUAUCUCUGUGAGUUCCUCCAAGUUCCAAGUGUCUUCUAUGUCGGGAAGACCUGUGGAAACUCAAGUUAGUGCAGUUUGGGACAAAGCAAAUACUCCAUCAGAAGCAGCCUAUGAGGUUUCUUUUCUAGCAAAAUUACCACCAUUUGGUUUGAAAGUCUAUAAAAUUUUGGAAUCAACAAGUUCAAAUCCACAUUUAGCUGAAUAUGCCUUAUAUAAUAGUGCUAAUAUAAAAGAUACAGGAAUUUUCAGCAUAAAAAAUAUGAAAAGUGCUAAAGAAGAUAUCACUCUGGAGAACUCCUUUAUUAAACUUCGAUUUAACCAAUCCGGGCUUAUGGAGGAAAUGAUAAAUAAAGAAGAAGGCAAACAUCAUCAUGUAAGAGUACAAUUUUCAUGGUAUGGAACUACAAGUAAAAGAGACAAAAGUGGUGCCUACCUCUUCUUACCUGAUGGGGAAGCCAAGCCUUAUGAGUACCGAACACCACCCCUGGUCAGAGUGCAACAUGGAAGGAUUUUUUCAGACAUAACUUGCUUUUUUGAACAUAUCACACAUAGAGUUCGCCUGUACCACAUAAAGGGGAUAGAAGGACAGUCUGUGGAAAUAUCUAAUACUGUGGACAUUCGGAAGAAAUCUAACUAUGAGAUUGCAAUGAAAAUUUCUUCGGGCAUAAAUAGUCAAAACAGAUUUUAUACUGACCUAAAUGGAUACCAGAUUCAGCCUAGAAUGACAAUGAGCAAGUUGCCUCUUCAAGCAAAUGUAUAUCCAAUGACUACAAUGGCCUAUAUCCAGGAUGCAGAGCACCGCCUGACUCUGCACUCUGCUCAGUCCUUAGGUGUUUCGAGUUUGAUGAGUGGUCAGAUUGAAGUUAUCAUGGAUCGAAGACUCAUGCAAGAUGAUAACCGUGGCCUUGAACAGGGGGUCCUUGAUAACAAGAUUACAGAAAGUUUGUUUCGAAUUCUACUAGAAAAAAGAACUGCUGUGAAUAUGAAUGAAGAAAAGCAUCCAGUCAGUUAUCCUUCUCUACUAAGCCAUCUGACUAAUUUUUUCCUGAAUCAUCCCAUCUUUCCAAUGAUAGAGAAAAACUACAUGCCUACCCUUCAGCUGCUGGAAGGAUUCUUUCCGUUAAGCUCAUCUUUGCCUUGUGACAUUCACAUUGUUAAUCUGAGGACAAUACAGCCAAAGGUAGAUGGCCAGCACCCCGAUGAAGCAGCCUUGAUCCUGCAUAGGAAGGGGUUUGACUGCCACUUCUCUAGCAAAGACACAGGCCUAUUGUGUUCCACCUCCAAGGGAAAGAUCUUGGUCCAGACACUUUUUAGCAAGUUUACCGUUGAAAGUCUCAUACCUUCAUCAUUAUCCUUGAUGUAUUCACCUUCCGACGCCCGAAAUAUAAGUGAGAUCAGCUUGAAUCCCAUGGAAAUCAGCACAUUCCGAAUCCGGUUGAGGUGAACCCGGCUUUCACAUCUGGAUUGGGAAGCAUUGGCUUUAGAUACUUCUUGGUUUGACGUGCAAUAAGGAAGCACAUUAUUUUAGCUUCUGGCUACUGUGAUUAACAGGAAUUCUUUGGUUUCUUUUUGAACAGUAGUAAGGAAAACAAAACAAAAAGCCAUGCUAUAAGCCAGUUGUUCUUUUUCUUUUAAAGUUCCUCCAUGAACAACAACCAUCAGUAUGAAUUGAUGCAACAGAUGAAGAAAUGAAUAAAGACAACCAUUCAACAGAUUGUAUCUCAGGUUAAAUGCUAACUAAUUAUAUCUGUGUUGGAGGUUGUAAAGAGAUUAUUCUAAGUAGUCAUGUUGCUGAUCCUUCAUUGCUUUUUAAAAUAUCCCAUAUUUACUAAAACGAAAUGAAAAACUGGUAGAUAAUAAAUAGCUAAUGGCCAAAAUGAUUGCAAUCUUGCAUACACAUUAGAAAAAUGUAUGAGUUGAAAUACAUGGAAAAGUGCAAUCCAUCACCAUGAUGAUAGGCAUAGCUUAAUUUUUCUAUUAUACCACUUGCCCCUUCCUAUCCUUUGUAAGUAUUUCCAGAAAUAACAGAUUUU